AUGAAAACGAGCGGAGACCAGAGCGGCUACCCGGAGGCUGACUCGUCGCAGCCUUUAAUCAACCUGUGGAAUAAGACGAUCCCCGAGCUGGAAGCCAUCGCACAGCCUUAUGGAAUCUUCGUACAGAAGGUCGGAAAUAGUCCGAAGAAGGUCGAGCUAAUCGCUCUGAUCUUCAUACGGCAAAUGCAAAUCACGGAUGCGACACGGGAUCACAUACUCCCCAGCAUCAUGACCGCCUGCAAGGGCAACAAGGAGUCAACCGCGUCGUUAGCUAGGCGAUUACGGCUAAACCCGCCCGACGUCCAAUAUCGAUGGGUCACGAUGCAGCAGAUCCUUGCUCGCUACCGCAGAAAGGAGCUCCGCGCCGCUGACCGAGCCGGCCGCUACCGCCAAUCUCUCCCCGAUGUCGAUGUGGACGACGAUCUCGGCGGAGCGCCGCGGGGACGCACCCUCCCACUAAAGCAUCGAAGCCUCUUCGAAACACCAACCAAGCUCUCGGGCGACGAUAGCCAAAAAUCAAAACACCGUGGGAACUCACCGCCCAACGUCGAAGCCGGCCUUGCGUUAUUGCCCUCCCUGGAGUCUCCGGGCCGUCGCAAUACCUCGCCGCUUCGAAGCCGUAUCGGGUUUCCCUUGUUCGGCCUGGGAGAAGACUAUGGAGCAAGCUUAUCGGAACCUAGGUCGCUCUCCCGCAAUAGUGAACGCGCUGAGCUCCAGUCAACUAGGUCCGGCGACAGAGGAGGACGCGCGAUGGCCGCCGAGAAUCCCGAAUCUCCUCUGCACGAGAUCACGCCUCAUCCGAUCCGAGACAUCGCAGGAAAGCAGCGCGGAGCGGGCAUGGGGAAUCCCGAACGUCUACUACCGUCCUCAGCCUACGACGUUCUUAGUGCGAACUCUAUAAGCCUGGUAAGCGGGGAUAAGGCUGGCGCUCGAUCGCCCCCCAUCCAGUCUUCACCUCAUCACUCUCGCGCGCCAGAAAACGGGGACGACUUAUACCCGCGCCGUAACGCGUUCGGGACAAGGGAUAUCCUCGAGGCGAUGGCGGGUAUCAAAGACGAGUUGGACGAUUGGGAGGAAGAUACUGCGGUCGACCGCAAAUUUUCGGAGCCGGACCUCCACGAUCGGAUCCGGGAGCUGUACGACGGGUUGAUGGAUUGUUUUGACGAUCGUUCAGAAAUUAAGCUCGAGGCGAUCUUCGACGCGGCGGCGGAGAUUGGCAAAGAGUUGGACGCCUGGGAGGGGGAUAUGGGGGUCGAUCGUCAAAUUUUGGAAUCGGACCGCCGCGAUCGGAUCCGGGAGCUAUGCGACGGGUUAAUAGAUUGUUGUGAUAGAGUUGUUUAA